AUGGCUGCUGCGUUCCUGUCGGUGUUGGCUGUGGUGCUGCUCGUAUCUGAAGUUGGGGCACAGGAAGCAGGCGAUAGCGAGGUGGCCUUGCUGUGCAAUCCGUCCUGCAAGAACGGAGGCCUCUGCAAGCAGGAGGACAACGGCACCUUUGCCUGCCAGUGUCCCGAAGGGUUCAUGGACAAAGACUGUUCAAAUAGCUUCCUGGACGUGAUCUGCGGUGCGACCAAGGUGAACGCGAUGCUCCGCCAGGAGUUCCUGGAGCAGCACCACGUCCCGGCCACGUCCGUGGUGCUGGGUGGCUUGACCGACGAGGGCCAGAACAACUCUUGUGUGGGGACCCUCCGUGAGGUCCAAUCGUCGGCCAGGGGCUAUUACAGCAUGUCGGAGACGCACGGCCGCCGCAACUGUGGAGCUGCAAUGGAGUCCAACGCCACCCAUCUGAUCCUCCACUACGAGGUCGUGGUGGGCAAUCGUACGUCGGUCAUCGAGCGGACCUACUUCGUGAUCAAGUUUUCGUGCGUGUACCCUCGUGAGGAGCGCGCCAAAGCGGACAUCCCGAUGGAGAGCCGGCUCUUGACGUUCGCCAUCCCGGAGAUGCAGGGCGUGCUCCAGGUCCUCAUGGCGCUUUACAAGUCCGACCGCUUCACGGCGGACCAGCAGCUGGUGGGCUCGCCCAUGCUGACGGCGUUCCAGCGCGUCUACGUGCGCGUCCACCUCGCCAUGUCUCGCGACCACAGCCCCGUCAACGUCAGUGGCUACUUUGGCCUCCUCGCGGUCAACUGCUGGUCGACUCCGAGCAACAACGAGUCGGACCACCUCACCCACAAGAUCAUCAACGAUGGGUGUCUCGCGGACCAGACUGCCUACUUCCACCGAGGCAACGGGAAUGACACCUCCGUGGAUUUCAGCUUCCAGAUGUUCAAGUUCAUCGGCAUGGAGUACUCUUACAUCUACAUACAUUGUGCCGUGCGCGUCUGCUACACCAGCAACCGCAUGGCGUGUGUGCCGGGAUGUCAAGGUGGCAGGGUCAAGCGACACUCAAAGACUGACCUCUUCGAGGGCGUGCUGUCCAUUGGACCCAUGAAAAUCGUGGACGAGAAUGAGGACUUGCUGCGCACCUCCAUAAACGGUCUUCCCAUGCCCGUCGUGAUCCCGGUGUUCGUCAUCACCGCUAUCGGUGGCGCGCUCGCGGCCCUCUGCUGCUUCACCCUUUCCCGGCACGGCUGGGGGCUCGGGUCGAGCGAGGACAAGGAGGUGGAGGGGGCGGUGAUGCCACCGGCACCCUGCCACGAGGUCCCAAGCAGCGACCCGGUCAUUGCCGUCUCGCCGGAUCAGCGCUGCUGCACCGCAGGGCUGCUGCCCGAAGUCUUAAAAGGCAGUCGCCGCACGUGUGUGAUCUCGUGAUCCGAUGCACGUGGUUUUUCCACCCGAGGUGUGCUUUUUUGAAGUUGUGCUCGAGCUACAUGACGCUUUUUUUCUUUUUGGUUGUACUGUGUGGUGAUUGGCACGAUGUUCGUGGCGCUCCCACGUGCUGGGGGGGGUAAACAAACUCUCGGCAACCGAUUUCUAAAACCCCAGCAGGGCACGUGGACGCGACGCCACCGGACCUGUGCAGAGCACUGCUCGCGUUUUACAAUCUGAGAAAUAUCGCCGUUAUUAUGCACGGUGCAAUUUUUGAAAAGAUGCCUUGUGUAACUUUUGUACCUUGUUUAAAUAUUUACACGCAGGCGCAUUAUUUAGACAGAUCCUGCCAUGCGUGUACAGUGGCCUGAAACUGUUUGCCUAGGUAACAUUUAACUUGAUAUUUAACUUGUUAUCUUGGUACACUAAGGUGCGGGGGGGGGGGGGUGCCAGCCUGCCCUGUGCGUACUCCUGCUGAGUGGGGAUGCCGAGCCUGUAGAAUGGUUUAUGUAUAAUGGGGCAAUGACUUUGGACAAAGCCAGACCUUCGUGGAGUCGGUGAAAUAUACUUUGGUGGGGGGACGGUUUUUGAUACCGAGACUCUCGAAUUCAUAGGCGUGCCUUAUGAAUGUGUAACUCGGGUCGCGCUAUCGACGCAUUACCACGUGUUUUUUGAAAGCCAGCUCGCUCCCUCCACCCCCCACCACUUUUUGAGCCAUGGUUUAAACGGGGAGGAGUCUUUCGUGGGGGGGGGGGGGGAGGAAAUGUACAAAAAUGCCACGCACUUGACCCUCAAUGAUAUUUCAAGUGUUUCACCCCUGAAACAAAUAAAACGGCACCUCGCAAUGACGACGCUGUGGUUGUGUGGUUGUCGGUUCUCGCUGGCGUUGUGCAAACUCGUGCGCGCGCGCACACAAGUACGCCUGCACAAUGAGUCCCUUACAUUAGUAGCGUGUGCAGUGAAACCUUCAUGGAUGUUCCGAGACGGGAAGGUAAAAGGUGUUUGAAAGUUCUUCUGGCUCCAUGCCAAUAUGCUGCGAGGUGGAGGCGAUGUA